AUGGCCCCAGAACAGAGCAGGGACCCAGUGAAAGCCGGCGGGGGGCCCCUCUCGGGUCACCCGCAGGGGCGCACCUCCAAUUUACCAAACAAGGUCGCAAGCCCCAGCCGGGCUCUAGUCCCCGCCCAGUCUGGGGCGCACCUGUGCAGGGCGCGUGGGCAAGCGAGGCGGGCGGCUGCGCGCCGCUCCGUGUGCACGUUCCUGUUCCGGACUUUUUGGGCGUCCCGUUACGAAGCCUUUCCUCGGCCCUUCCUCAGGUGCGCAGCGCCUCCGGGAGCCGGUCCCGGCGGCACCGGGCACGACGCCAUCUUCCCUCUUUUAAGGGCACCGGGGCUGUGCGGCCGCGGCCGUGGGCUGGCGUUGCCGCGCUACGCUCUGGCCGGGUCCGCACGACCCCAGAGUUCGGAGCCGGGUGCCCGGAAGCCGCACUGGAGGACUGUGCGGCGGCGAUGGGGCGUCCAGCCGUCGCGGCGAGACGCAGAGGGACCACCCCAUUGCACAGGCGCGGAGACUGAGGCCCGCAGGGGCCGCGCCUGGCACGAUCGCCCGUCGGGGACCUGGAGCCCCGGACAGAGAGGGGUAAUUACUUCCCCCUCAAUGUUCUCAUCUGUGAAAUGGACAACAGCACCUACCAAGAGCUGGGCUGUUGGGAGGAACAGAGGAGGUAAAGCAUGAUAAAGUCUUCAGAGCCCCUCCCGCCUUCCGGGCCCUGGACCUUCUUUGCUUUUGUGGGUUUUUUUUUGUUUGUUUUUGUUUUUGUUUUUUUGAGACAGAGUUUAGCCCUGUUGCCCAGGCUGGAGUGCAGUGGCACAAUCUUGGCUCACUGCAACGUCUGUCUCCCAGGUUGAAGCAAUCCUCCUGCCUCAGCCCCCCUAGUAGCUGGAUUACAGGCGCGUGCCACCAUGCCCGGCUAGUUUUUGUAUUUUUAGU